UUCGUAAACCCGCAAGAGGGCGCAGUCUUCGCGUGAUGUUGUUACAUACUGUAUGGGCGUGUGAGUGCUUGUGUGAAAAAUUAUGUGUUUUGUGAUGUUUUAACCGCUAAUGGAGAAUAAAAACGGUAUAAGGACUGCGAUGUAAAUGAGACAGCACCACACGCCACAAGUGCCUUAGAACAAGCCAACGAAGUGCCUGAUAGAUUUAGUAGCGAAACGAUAUUUCGAUAACGAUUUACGAAACCUAUAUUUUUGAUACCAAGUGACCAGUCACCGCAAGCACCACAGGGGUCGUGACGCAGUCUGCGCGAGCGCAUCGAGAGCGCACUGCAGGACAACUGGCGGCGGCUGACAGCCCCAACGCACGGUCCAUUCCAAAGCCGACCCCGAAACCGGUCGUUCAGCCAGGAGCGACAUAGACGUCGACGAGGCAGCUCCCACUCGCUACAACUCGAAGACUACAUUGACAGACCGGAUAAUAUUGCCACAAUACACAGAGCGCCUUCCCUGAACAAGAUGGCGACGCUCUCGCUGAAGAUAUCCCUGGAGGGCGGUAAGGUCGUGAAGACCAUCCAGUUCGACCCAACCACCACCGUCUAUGACGCCUGCCGGAUCAUCCGCGAGAAGAUCCUGGAAGCUAGCUCUAGCGAUCCAAAAGAAUACGGGCUCUUCCUGCCGUCUGAAGAGGACAACAAGAAGGGAAUAUGGCUGGAGGCGUCUCGCAGCCUGGACUACUACAUGUUGCGCAAUGGGGAUCUCUUGGAGUACAAUAAGAAGACCAGGAAUCUCCGUGUUAGGAUGUUGGAUGGCACGGUGAAAACCCUUCUAGUCGACGACAGCCAGAUCGUUGCCAACCUCAUGGUCGUCAUAUGCACCAAGAUUGGUAUCACCAACUACGAUGAGUAUGGACUGGUACGCGAGGAGCAGAGAGAAGAGCCGGACCCUUGCGACAAGCCCAACUACGGCACGCUGACCCUCAAGCGGAAACAUCAGGAGAAGGAGCGCGAUGCCAAGAUGGAGCAGCUGAGGAAGAAGCUCCGAACUGAUGACGAGGUGAACUGGGUUGAACCAGCGAAGACCCUUCGCGAGCAAGGCAUCGACGUGACUGAGACGCUGCUGCUGAGACGCAAGCUGUUCUUCUCGGACCGAUGCGUGGACUCCCGGGACCCCGUGCAGCUGAACUUGCUGUACGUGCAGGCACGCGACGCCAUCCUCGACACCACCCACCCCGUCACGCAGGACAAAGCGUGCGAGUUCGCCGGCAUUCAAUGCCAGAUCCAAUUUGGGGACUACAAUGAGAGCAAGCAUACACCCGGGUUCUUGGACCUGAAAGAAUUCCUCCCAGCUUCGUACGUGAAAGUCAAGGGCAUUGAGAAGAAGAUCUUCAAGGAACAUCGUAAGCACGCUGGACUGAGUGAGCUGGAUGCGAAAGUGUUGUACACUAAGAGUGCUCGAGACCUGAAGACUUAUGGUGUCGCUUUCUUCCUUGUUAAGGAGAAAAUGAAGGGCAAGAACAAGCUGGUGCCUCGUUUGCUGGGCGUGACGAAGGACUCAGUGCUGCGUUUAGACGAGAAGACCAAGGAGAUCCUGCAGACCUGGCCUCUGACCACAGUCAGGCGGUGGUGCGCCAGCCCUAACACCUUCACGCUGGAUUUUGGUGAUUACAGCGACCAGUACUACUCGGUGCAGACCACAGAAGCGGAGCAGAUCCUGCAAGUAAUAGCUGGUUAUAUCGACAUCAUAGUUCGCAAGCAGCGUGCUAAGGACCACCUUGGCAUCGAGGGUGACGAAGGGUCCGCCAUGCUCGAAGACUCCGUAUCGCCGAGCAAGGCGAACAUCAUCCAACACGACACAUUCAAGUCGGGUAAAGUGAACACCGAAUCGGUCGCUAAACCAGCCGUGCUCAGACCCGGGGCUGAAGGUGCUAAGCCGUUCGCCGUGGGGCACAUCACUGGGGCGCAACAAACUACGAUCUCUGGGCAAAUUAUUACCGGGCACACUCCGCCAGCCGCAACUCAAGUGCAGCAGACGAAGGUGACAUCGGUAAUGACGGAGCCGCAACGCGCUCUGCUCACCACCAUAAGCAGCGGGCGCGAGAUUAUCAAGCACACCGAGGAACAUCUUACUAGGGCGGAGCUCCCAGCGCUGGGCGGCGACGCGGCCGCCGUCAAGUGGAAGGCGGUUACCAUGGAGACCAACAAACAGGUCGUGACGUCACAGAUCGCCGCCAUGAACGCGGCCACUGCGCAGGUCGUCACGCUCACUUCCGGACCGACUGAGGAGGUGGACCACACAGCCGUGGGAGCUGCUAUUACCACCAUCACCACCAACCUGCCUGAAAUGACUAAGGGCGUACAGAUGAUCGCGGCUCUAAUGGACGACACUGACAACGGAGAUCGUCUACUGGACGCAACAAGGAAGCUGUGCAGCGCGUUCAGCGACCUGCUGAAGGCUGCCGAACCUGAGACUAAGGAGCCUCGCCAGAACCUGCUCAACGCAGCCUCCCGCGUCGGAGAGGCCUCCACCACGGUCCUGCACACCAUCGGCGAAGAAACCGAGGAAGACAAGGAGACUCAGGACAUCCUCCUUUCCCUGGCGAAGGCAGUGGCCAACACUACAGCUGCCCUGGUCCUCAAAGCCAAGAACGUGGCAGCACAAUGCCGCGACGACCAGCCACUGCAGAACACCAUCAUACACGCGGCGACGCAGUGCGCUCUGGCCACCAGCCAGCUUGUCGCUUGUGCCAAGGUCGUAGCACCAACGCUACAAAACCCGGCGUGUCGCGAGCAACUGAUCAGCGCGGCGCGACAAGUCGCUCAAGCGGUCGACCGACUAGUCGACGCUUGUCGCCUCGUCCCCGACCACGCCGGCCCGGGGGUCGAUCAGCUGACGCAAGCUGCCCAACGCGUCACCCAGGAGUUGGACAAGUUGCUAGCUCAUUGCAACCUCGAGCGUCGCGUCCAACCAACAGUGACAGAGCGCUCUGUAGAGUCAGUAAUGGUGGCGUCUGAACGAGUGACCACUGCUGCCGACUCCAGUGAGAUGGUGCGCCAUGCCAGGCUGCUGGGACAAGCCACGGCUACCCUCAUCACUAAUAUCAAGACGGAGGCAGAGAAACAGCCGUCAGAAGCACAGCGCAAGUUGCUGGCCGCAGCAAAAUUGCUGGCUGAUGCCACCGCGAGGAUGGUGGAAGCUGCCAGGCAGUGCGCUACAUCCCCACAGGAUCGCGAGAAACAAGAAGCUCUCCGCAAAGCAGCGGAAGAACUACGCUACAUCACGGUCGACUACGCUCAGGGGCAAGACAUAGUGGGCUCGCAAUUGGCUAGGCUUCAAGACAGUGCCAGGCACGCAGCCAGCAGCGCCACGCAGCUGGUAGCCAGCUCACAACACGCCGAGCGGUACAACACUAACAAAUAUUCACAGGAAACCCUGCUCCAAGAAUGCCGCACGCUAACUGACACGGUGCCACGCGUGGUCGAAGCGGUAAAGGUCUCGUCCACGAGGCCAGAGCAAGCUGUGGCCCAGCUGGAUCUCAUCUCAGCGUGCGAGGCCCUGCUGCAGCCAAGCGGGCACGUCAUACAGGCAGCCAGGGCGGUGCUGCCAACAGUCACUGACGCACCCACCGCUAAGAACCUGCAAGACACCACGCAUAGCUUCACUAACAGCUGUGCUGAUUUGAGGUCAGCCGUAUCCCGCGCGCGUAUAUCGUGCAAGGGGCUGGAGCUGGACGCGGCGGCCGAGAUCAUCCGCUCCCUGCAGGGCGAGCUGGACGAGCUGGAGGAAGCCGCGAGAGCCUUCGAGCUGCGCCCGCUGCCCGGCCAGACUGCGGAGUGGGCGUCGCAGGCGAUGCAGUCGUCGUCCCGCGCGACGGCGUCCAGCACGGCGGCGCUGGUGUCGGCGGUGCGGCUGCGCGCGCCCGAGGCGGCCGCCCGCGCCGGCGGGGACCUGGCCGCCAACCUCAGGGACUUCACCAGCUCGCUGCGGGCCUCCACGGCCGCCAACAGCGAGCCGCCGGCCAGGGAGAGGAUGAUAUCGUCGGGCCGCCAAGUGUUGACUUCAUCGCUCACGCUGGUUGAAACCGUCAAGACGUACCUCACCACUUCGGAGACCAUCGACACUGCGACCAUUGUGUCCAUUGCCAAGGAUAUCUCGCAGAACCUAGAACAGACGAUGGAAGCGGUGCCCUCGCACACUGAACUCGACAGGGCGAUGGAAAACAUUAACGAAACCCUCAAUAUACUCAACAUGGGAGAGUUCCCGCCCUCGGACAAGACAUACGGCGAAUUGCAGUCGGAGUUGAACGCGGCGGCCGUGGGUCUGAGUUCGGCGUCCUCCGAGGUGGUGCAGUCAGUGGAGCGGCCCGAUUCGCUGGCUCGCUCCAGCCGCCAGCUCGGGGACGCCUUCAACCGCCUGCUCGGCGUCUCCAUGGAGAUGGCUGGACAAACUGAAGACCGGGAGACGCAGUCGCUGAUGGUGAGCUCGAUGAAGUCGGUCACCGUCAACUCAUCCAAGCUGCUGGGCACCGCCAAGUCUGUCAGCCAGGACCUUACCCGACCGAACGCUAAGAACCAACUCGCGGCCGCUGCUCGCGCUGUCACCGAGAGCAUCAAUCGAUUGGUGGACGUGUGCACAGAAGCCGCCCCGGGUCAGAAGGAGUGUGCGGCAGCCAUCCGCAGCAUUGAGAGCACGCGGCCGCUACUCAACUCGCCCACAGAGCCCGUCAACGAGCUGGGAUACUUCGCCUGCCUCGACUGCGUCGUUGAACAGAGCAAGGGGCUGAGUGAAGGCAUGUCCGGUAUGGCGUCGGCAGUGAAGAGGUCCGAGCACGAGCAGUUCGCUCGCUCCGUGGGCGGCGUAGCAACAGCCGUUCAAGGACUUGUCGAGUGCACCGCCCAGGCUGCGUAUUUGGUGGCGGUGUCGGACGAGACGAGCGUGGCGGGCCGUCCCGGGCUGGUGGACCAGGCCCAGUUCGCGCGCGCCGCCGUGGCCAUCGACCAGGCCUGCCGCGCGCUCUGCGACUCCAGCAGCAACCAGCAACAGGUGCUAUCAGCGGCGACAGUGAUAGCGAAACACACGAGCGCGCUCUGCAACGCGUGUCGCGUCGCGUCCGGCAAGACCGCCUCACCACAAGCAAAGCGUCACUUCGUUCAGGCCGCCAAAGACGUCGCCAACUCGACAGCUAAGCUGGUGAAGGAGAUCAAGGCUCUGGAUACUGACUAUAGUGAGUCGAACCGCGCCCGCUGCGCGGCGGCGACGGCCCCGCUGCAGGACGCGGUGAGCAGCCUGUGCCAGUUCGCCGACAGCCCCGAGUUCGCCAGCGUGCCCGCCAGGAUCUCCGCGCAUGCGCGCCGCAGCCAGGACGCCGUGCUCGACUGCGGACGGAACAUAAUAUCCGGGUCCUGCUCGAUGCUGGAGUCGGCUAAAGUGCUAGCUCUACAACCCCAGGAGAGGUCGCAGUGGCAGGCGCUGGCCGCGCACAGCAAGACCGUCUCCGACAGCAUCAAGUCGCUGGUCACCAACAUCAGGGAGAAAGCCCCGGGACAGCGCGAGUGUUCCGCGGCCCUGGACACGCUCAACAAACAGCUGAGAGAACUUGACCAGGCCGCUAUACAAGCGGUGGCACAGGAGCUCGUCGCCAGGAAGACUCACUCGCUUCAAGGAUACUGCGAGCAGAUCGAGAACAGCUCGACGGAGAUGCUGGAACGGCUGGAGCCGCUCAGAACGGCAGCUAAGAGUGAGGCUGAAAACCUGGGACACUCCGUCAUACAGCUGGUAUCGUACGCAGAGCCGCUGGUGUCAGGCGCGGUAGGCGCCGCCUCCAACGUGACAGAGUCCCGGACUCAAGCAGCCCUGUUGGAGCACACCAGAACUGUGAUGGAGACGCUCGCGCUGCUGAUCCAAGCUGCCAAAAACUCCGGUGGGAACCCUAGGGCAAUGAACGUGCACGGCGAGGUGGACGGGCAGACGGAGCUGGCGCGACAGAACAUCACGGAGCUGACGGCGUGCGUGCGCGAGCUGACCACGCAGCAGGGCGCCGUGGGCCCGCUGCUCGACGCCAUGUGCCGCAGCAUCUGCCGCCUCACGGAACACAGGAUGUCCCUGGUAGGCUCGUACGACGAGUCGGAUUCGUUCGUCGACUACCAGACCCGCAUGGUCGGCGCCGCUAAGGAGAUCGCGCGCAUCGCCACUGAUAUGACUGCUAAGUCGGCGACAGACGCGAGCCGCCUUGUUCAGCUCGGCAGCGAGAUGUGUCAGAAGUACGAACAACUAGCGCAGGACAGCGUCGGGGCCUCCGCCACCACGCCCAACGCCGACGUCGCCAACAGGAUCCGUCUAGCAGUGGUGGAGCUGGGCGAGGGUGUGUCGGAGCUGAUCAAGGGCGGCGGCCACUGCCGGCUGGCGGCCACGCCGCAGAACCAGCGGCUCGUGGCAGACGCCGCCAAACACGUCAAUGAGAAGGUGGUAGCAGUGCUGAGUGCGCUCCAAGCGGGCUCGCGCGGCACUCAAGCUUGCAUCGAUGCAGCGGCCACUAUAGCUGCCAUCAUCGGAGACCUGGACACCACCAUACUCUUCGCUAGUGCUGGAACACUCCAUUCGGAGAAAGAGAACGAUACAUUCUCGGACCACCGCGAGAAUAUCCUGAAGACUGCCAAGACGUUGGUGGAGGACACCAAGACCCUGGUGGGAGGCGCGGCCGGCACGCAGGAACAACUGGCCUCGGCCGCCCAGAGCGCUGUCACCACCAUUGUGCAACUAUGCGAAGUCGUCAAACUGGGCGCGAUGUCGCUCGGCUCCGGGAACCCUGAGCCUCAGGUUCUACUCCUACACGCGGCCAGAGACGUGGCGUCCGCCCUCAGGGACCUCGCCAGCGCGACCACUGCGGCCAGCGGAAAGCACGUGUCACACCCUGAUAUGCAACGGCUGAAGCAUGCUGCCAAGCGCGCGGAGAAACGCUGGAGUAUGCCGGUGAAGCAGAACGCUCUGCGCAUGAAACGCCUCUCCCUCCAACCCAGGGACUCUUGCGACUCCGAGACGGACGUCUUCCAAUCCGACCAGGAGGAAGAACUACUCAAACUCCUAGACUACUCCAGUCAAGACGACGAUGUCUCUCCGUCCAUAUUCCACGACGAUUGCGAAGAGGUCAUCGCGUACAUAGAGACUUUAAUGAAGAAUGUUAUCAAACGAGCGAUCAAAGACGAAGGCCUAAAUGAAAGGUACAAUCUAGUGGCUAGAAACAGUCUAGUCGACAUGGAUUGGAGGGUGCUGAAGUACGGAGAGAACAUCUUCCUUGGAGAAAUCAAGAAGUUGGUAGACUUGACUGCUGAUACCGGGGACAAAGCAGAAAGGAAAAGAAAGAAGGACGUUUUACAAAGAUUGAAAGCUAAUUCUGAUCUUGAUAAUGAAAUGAAAAGGCUUUCCCAAGUUAUUGAAGACUUGGAUUCUGAAAUGGAAGUUGAAGAUACUAACAAUAAUAAAGUAACUGAAGUAAAGGCUGUAGAAACAGUUCCUCAUAAAAAACCUAAGGUAGAAGACAAGAAAACUAAACUUAAGAAUCCUGUUUUCAAAAUCAAAAAGGUUAAACCAGUCAAUUUGAUUAUUAAUCUAGAUGCCACUUCAAAAUCUCCUGAAAUCAAAUCAGUCGAGCCUCUAAAAGUACAAAGUCCUGAAAAACAAAAGGAUGAGUCUACUGAAAUUGUUGUAAAACCUGACGUUGUAGCGAAGGAAUUCACAACUGAAUUCUGGAAAAUGUUCAAAGAUGACUCUGAAUGGUGGAAAGCUUUGGCCAAGAGGAACUUGCAGAAAAUGGAAGAGACUAGAAAAGAAUUGGAAAGAUUCAGCGGUCAUGAACUAGUACUUGAAGAAUUCCAUAAAGAAAUAGAUAGAUACGAAAAAGAAAAGCGAACCUUACAAUCGUUUAUUGAAGAAGUUGACAACUCCAAAGCCGUGGACAAAGAUUUGGAAUACGACAAGAAAUAUGAAGACAUGGUUUUAAAACUAAUAGAAUUUGCGAAAAAGGACUUUAUUUAUAAAGGUUUCGAUCCUUUAAUUGAACAACUUAAAGCACUAUCAAACAUACAGAUAGAAGGACGUAAGAAAAAGGUUGUGAAAAUCCAAGACAUCAUAAACAUUUACACACAGAUCGACAUAUCGAAAUACACGUACGAAGAGCUAUGUCUCUUAGAGAAAUAUUACAAAGAAAUCAUAAGAAAAUACAAACAAGAAAACAAUAUGAUCAUCAAUGAAAAAGAAAACAUAGUUCCUAGGCUUCCUAGAGAAGACAGAUCUCCUAGUUUAGUAAGAGAAGAAACUAAGUCAGCCCCUCCUUCUUACCAUAAAAACGUGAUACUAAACAUACAUUCUAGUCAAAACUUAACUAAAAACGUAAACCACUACUCGAGUCAUCAUAUUGUAUCCAACGGAGACUCGCUAAAACGCUCAAAGUCUAAUAAUAGAAACUCACAAAUUGAAAUCUUCGAUCUCACUAGAACAUAUCCAAUGGAAUACUACGCUAACAACUGGUGGUCAAUAUACGAGGACAUUCUAAAAAGCCGAGAACAGCAAUUCGGUUCGAUUGACAACUGGUGGAGUUUCUACGAAGCAAUAUUGAAGAAACAGGACACGUCAGAUGAAGAACUGAAGAGGAUAAGAGCCGUAGUGGAAUACAGAAACAGUUUAAGAAGGCGACCGAACAGCCGAAUGGAGGAGCAACUCAGAAUGCUAGAUGAGAUCAAAAAUAACAGAUUCCAAGAGACAGAGGAACAAACGAGUGCCAACAAAGAUUCGGUGAUGGUGACAAACGUGACGUCACUGCUGAAGACGGUGAAGGCGGUAGAGGAUGAGCACACGCGCGGCAUCAGGGCGCUCGAGUCCACCAUCGAGGCCAUCUCGCAGGAGGUCGAGGUGCUACUGUCCCCGACGCCGCCCAAGUCGUCGGCCACCCCCGAGGAGCUGGUCCGCUGCACGCGGCAGAUGACAGUGGCCACCGCGCGCGCCGUCUCCGCCGGCAACUCCAACAAGCAGGACCAGCUCACCGCCGCUGCCAACUUAGGACGGAAGACUGUGCUGGACCUGCUGCAUGCUUGCAAGGCGGCAGCGUUCACAGCGGAGACGGCGGAGCUGCAGGCGCGCACCAUCGAGGCGGGGCGCGAGGCGGCCGCCGCGUACCGCGCGCUGCUGCAGGCCGUGCUGGCCGCGUGCCACGGGGACGCGGCCGCGCGCCACAGCUUCCCCGACCUGUCGCGCCGCGUCGCGCACACCGUCGCCGACAUCAUCGCCGCCGCCGAGCUGCUCAAAGGUUCAGACUGGGUGGACCCUGACGACCCGACAGUGAUAGCGGAGAACGAGUUGCUCGGCGCAGCUGCCUCCAUCGACGCAGCUGCCAAAAAGCUCGACUCGCUGCGACCCAGGAAGAGCGUCAAAGUACAGGAAGCAGAUGAGAGCCUCAACUUCGACGAAAUGAUCUUAGAGGCUGCCAAAUCCAUCAUCACAGCAACAUCGGCCCUCGUCCGAGCUGCCUCCGCCGCGCAGAGGGAACUCAUUGACCAGGGCAAAGUAGCUCGUCGUCCCACGUCCUCAUCAGACGACGGCCAGUGGUCAGAAGGUCUGAUCUCCGCAGCGCGUCUAGUAGCCGCCGCGGCACACUCGCUGGUGGAAGCAGGCUCGGCGCUAGUCCAGGGGGCAGGGUCGGAAGAGAGACUCAUAUCCUCCGCCAGGCAGGUCGCCUCGUCCACCGCUCAGCUGCUUGUGGCUUGCAAGGUGAAGGCCGAUCCGUCAUCAGAGUCGACCCGUCGCCUCCAAGCGGCGGGUGCUGAAGUGAUCCGCUCGACAGACAACCUGGUGCGCGCGGCCAGGGAGGCCAUACAGUGCGAAGAGGAGAGGAGCCUCGUGCUCAACAGGAGGAUGGUCGGCGGCAUUGCGCAGGAGAUCGAUGCCAGGUCGGAAGUGCUACGCAUAGAGAAGGAGCUGGAAGAAGCCCGCGGCCGCCUCACAGCCAUCAGGCAGGCCAAAUACAAGCUGAAGACAGGCGACACGUCCGGAGAGGACACCGACUACGCUGGCUACACCAGCGACGCUUCCGGCGCGCCAAGGUUCAAAACGCCAAACAGCAGCUUCCAAAACACAACAUACAGUCCGAACUCCACUUACACGCCACACACCACACAGAACACAACGAACCUGUCCCAACACGUCUCACAACUGAACCAGUCCAUCCACGGAACACCCACUUCGCCCGGCUACGCCCAAACUUCGCCCGGCUACGCCCAAACUUCGCCCGGUUACGCCCAAACUGCGCCCGGUUACGCCCCAGUUUCGCCCGGCUACGCCCAAACCUCGCCCGGUUACGCCCAAACUUCGCCCGGCUACGCCCAGACAGCGCCCGGUUACGCCCAAUCCUCGCCGGGCUACGCACAGAACGCGCCCCACUCGCCCGGUUAUAACCAAACUUCGAAUGGUUACACCCAGAACGCGAGUCAAUACAGUCAGUCGAGAGAGGAGAAACAGUAUACGGUUCAGAGCCCUACUUUCACCAGCUUCAGGCCUCAAGAGGAGCCUAAACAAAACUAUGAGGGAUUUACCACUCGAAACACCAGAAAUGACAGAACGAUGAAAACGAGCAUGACAGAAGAAACGGUGGUCGUGAGGUCGUUGCAACUGCCUGAAGUCCGGAAAGCGUAUCUUGUAAAUGAUGAAGUGGUCGAAAGGAUCAGUUACAAGAGGGAGCGCGCGCCCCCGCCGCCGCCGCCGCGACGCGUCUCACUCCUAAAUUACGAGACUCGUCUCUACGACACGCCGCGCCCAACAGAAUACAAAACAGAGGAACAACGACACUUCGAAUCUCAGUACUUCUCCAAAGACAGAUUCGGUUACGAAGCACCAAAAACACCUUUGAGUCCAAAAUUCAACGCACGCGAACUCAAAUUCGACGACAAACCCGAACCGGUCUACUCCACCCUCAAGAAACCUUCAGACGGUGUCGGUCAAACCUUCACUGAACACCAGAAAUCCUCCGAAGCAAUCCCUGGAGGCAUCAAACAGUCAGAGUACACGAUCAAAAGCGAAUCCUACUCCAGCUAUCCUAAGGUCGACGUCAUGAAAACCGUAACUAGGGAAGACGUGAAAGCCCCUUUCACUUCGACGCCAUUCAAAUCAGAACAGUCGCACUUCAACCAGUACUCCCAACAAUCCGAAUUCAAAAACACAUCAACGGACCUUGUGAAAGUCCCAACACCAGAAUUCGAACGGAUCUCUUCACCGUACGGCAAAGACGUGCAAAGCUACGGCGGUCCCAACUAUACGGAAGAAACUACCACUGAAGUGAAAGAGAUCCCAAACGGGACACAAAAAAUUACUACAACUAAAAUCUACAGUUCUUCUCCCGUCAACAUUACGACGACCAACACCAAAUACGAGCCGAUAAAACUCGAAGGCAUCGACGAAUUGUCGAAAUCUUUCGACAAUGAUUCCAGAUACAGCACAUUGGAUUCGCGUUUCAACACUCUAGACUCCAAAAUGUCAUCUGACACGAGCCGUUCGUUCAUGAGGCCCUCAGAGUUCCAAUCUCAGGAUUAUCAGACGUCCACUAGUGUGACGAAGGUGAAGAAACCUUCGGAGCUGGUGAAGGAAAUCGAUAGUAUGGAUAAGAAGUUCUCUAAGCAAACGAUUACUUCGGAAAGGAUCGAGAAGAAGUCAGUAAUGACAAGUUCGCACAAGUCCGAAACGAGUUCUACAGUCACGAAGAAGUUUGGAAACUUCUAAGCAAAGUUGUUACGGUGUCGUCGACAGAAGUAGCGUGAUCUGCGCACGUUAUAUUAUUUUUAUUUUAUAAAAAUAUAUAUUUUAUAUAUUCAUACAAUGUAAAUUCUUUAAAUAUUAUAUAUAUACAUUUCUUUUAUCGUAAUACGAUAUUUUUAGAUGUCGUAGAAUAUUAAAAUGGAAGAAAGAAUACAUUUUUGUGCCUUAUUGAUUUGCAGCUUAGAAAUGUAUAUUUAUUUAUUUAUAUACACGAUACAUAUUUUCUAGUGUAGAUAUGCCCACGAUAGGUAAUCGUCCACUGAAGGUAAAAAACACCAAUUCUGAUAGAUUUAGAAUUAUAUACAACUUAAAAGUAUAGUUAUUAUUACACGUAGAUUUAACUUUACGCCUGUAUAUAUAUGAAUUUUGAAAAAAUAACCGUUUGGUAUUUAAAAAAUUACAUAUUAGCAGCUAUAUGUCAAACCUAUGAUAAUUGUCCUGUUUAUUGUGAUAUACAUUAUAAGAUGGACAAUUACAUACAAAAAAUAAACUUGCAAAAUGAUGCAUAACAUAAACAGCCUGUAUACGUCCCACUGCUGGGCACAGGCCUCCCCCUCAUCAACGAGAGAGGUAUGGAGCACACUCCACCACGCUGCUCCACUGCGAUUUAGUGGAAGUGGUGUACGGCAAAAUUAUGGUGAAAUAUUAUAUACGUUUAAAUUCAUAUAUAUAAAGGCGUUAAAACGAAACGAAUGAAAACUUCGUUGUUCAGGCUAAAAUAAGUGUCUUAUUACAUAAUAAUAUUUCAAUCGUGCGAAUUGAAUAUGUAAUCUUUUAAUAUUAUAUAUUAAAAAAUAUGUAACACUUAUUCUCCGUAGAACUAAUUCAGUGUAUUUGAUAUUUACCGUGUAAUUACCAUAUUUAAUGAAUAUAUAAUUAUAAAUGUAAUUUUUGAUACUGUACACUAAAGGUAGGUUGGAAAGGUGGCAUUACGGUAGCUGUAGGUUUUACACGCUGGAGAAAAUUACAAUGCAACUAUUGUAAGUAAAUAUUUUGACUAAUGACUUGUUUAACGCGGAUACAAUAUUUAGCGUUC